AACGGGUCGCGUUCCACCCACGCGGAAAAGAAGAAAAAGGCUCGAUUCGCUGUUUCCUGCCACAAGUCCACAGCUCGCCGCGGACGUCGUCCCCGCUCAAGUGAAGGUCCGGAGUGAAGAGCCUUGCGAUCUCCGCUGCGCGCGCGCAAGAUGGCUGACCCAGAGUUGGAAGCUAUCAGGCAGAGGAGGAUGCAAGAACUAAUGGCACAGCGUGGUGGGGCAAAUCAGCAGAAUGCGGGCCAACAAAAAGCUCAGGAAGAUGCGAAACAGGAAGCUGAGGAACGCCGACAGAUGAUGCUUGCUCAGAUAUUAUCUUCUGAAGCCAGAGAAAGGCUCUCCCGCAUAGCUUUGGUCAAACCUGACAAAGCAAGAGGGGUGGAGGAUGUUUUGCUGAGAGCUGCCCAAACUGGUGGAAUAUCUGAAAAGGUGUCUGAAGAAAGGCUUAUCUCCCUUCUAGAGCAAAUUAACACCCAGACAAACAAGCAAACCAAAGUUACGAUUCAGAGGCGGCGAAGUGUCCUUGACGACGAUGAUUAGAUGCGACCUGCAAAACUUUGCUUCAGAGUGUAUGAUGGGCUGGUGAUUGAUUAAAAGCGGUACCGAACUGUUUGCUUAAAGACAAUGAUCUGAUGCGACUAUCAACAGCCAUCAAAACUUGGUACUUGGUAGACUAUUUCAUGGAUAUUCGGUUGUAUAUGAUCCGAUGUCUUAUUGGUGUGUGUGUGCCCCAUUGAGGACAGUCGAUAUUGGCUGUGUCGUUUAUCCCUGAAACACCGUUCUUCCUUGAGUUAUGGCAUUUGUUAAUGGAUGUCUGUCUCCACUUCGAUUGGUCCA